AGAAAAUCGAAUAAUUUCUCCACAAAAUUGACGGUGAAUUCAGGGUUUGAGUUUUGAUCGGAAAAAAUGGAGUUUGAUGACGAAGAAGACAAACCUAAAGAGCACCAUGUUGUUGAUGCCAAAUUCCCUAAAGUUGAACCACCUGAGCUCUAUACUACUGGCUCCGUUAAAAUGGAGAUUGAUUCUAAACUCAAUAAUGAACCGGAGACAACAGAGCCUGAGUUGAUGGAACUUGAUGAGAUGCCACUGCAGGAGGAAGAAGAAGAAGAAGAAGACGUUGUUGUUCGUGAAAUUGACGUUUUCUUCAAUCCAACAAUUGAGGCCAACACUAAGCUUUAUGUUCUACAAUAUCCUCUUAGACCCUCUUGGCGUCCAUACGAAAUGGAUCAACGAUGUGAACAAGUUAGAGUGAAUCCCUCUACUUCCCAGGUGGAAGUUGAUUUGUCUAUCGAUAUCCAUUCGAGGAACUAUGAUUCCGAGUUUGCAAGUAAAUUAAAUUUCACUAAGCAGACCUUGACAACGACAUGGAAGAAGCCUCCUACGAUGGAUUAUGCUAUUGGUGUUCUUUCAGGUGAUAAGUUACACUUGAAUCCUGUUCAUGCUGUUGCACAGCUCCGACCGUCUUUCCAGUGUUAUUCUUCCAAAAAGAAACAACCAGAAGCUCCCGAAGAAUCUGUCCGAACGUCCGAAAAACUGAACAAAGGAGUGCAUGCUUCGACGGAUCAGAAACCAAAUCCUGAACAAAAUUGUGUUCCACUCAAGUAUCAUGGACUUCAAUCCGAGUUUUGCUCCAAAUAUCUUAAUGGAAUGAUGGCAAAUGGGAACUCUUCAAUAGACUUCAACAUGAGCUCUGAGGUUUAUAUCAACUCGCUGUGCCAUGGGGGAAACUCUGAAACAAAACAUUCAUCGAAAAGGGUCUUGACCUCCCUACCGAUUGAAGAACGUGUGAAAAAGUUGCUCUGCCAGGGACAUCCGUUAUUUCAAUACAGUGUUCUUAAACAUUAUGCCCCAGAGUUAUCAGACGAGGAUUUCUUAAGGGUCGUCCAACAAUAUGCCUGCAAGGGUUCAACUAUAAACUACUCUGACAUUGAAGCAACUGGUCACCUUAGGGAAAAAAUGGAAACCAUGUUGACUGUAUUUGCCAAAGAAAGGCCUCUGCUAUGUGAUUGGAAGUUCAAAGAGCCCACUGAUGUUUCCUUCAUAAAAUCCUACCCGGAGAUUGCUAAGGAGCAAGCAAGCAGCUUUUUGGAAAGCUAUGGACGAGAAGCUUACGUCAAAGAUAACCCAAGGAGGAGGAAGAAGUAGAGUUGAUAACUGGAGGAAUAUUGUAGGCAAAAAUCCUUCAGCUAUCACAGUGUAAUGCCCUAUUUUUUGGGGACU